UUUCCAGUAUAGCUCUCCUGGGGAAAAUAGCGUGUGAUGUACGAUUCUGAAGAGGACGGCGAUAGACGAAAUCGCGACAAAUUCUCACGUGAAAGGGACAGUCGACGUGAUGACGAUAGGUACGCAGCGAAGAGGUCAAGCUCAUCUAGACGAGACGAUGUGAAGAGGACGCGACACGACAGUGAAUCUGACAAUGGGGAUGCCAAAGACGAUUAUUCAGGGCCAAUGCUUAGUUUCAAAAAGUUCUUGAUGACGCAGGAUGAUGACAUAUCAGAUUCUGCAGCUUUGGCUGCAUACAAUGAAUACAAACAAGAAUAUAAGCGAAGAGAAUUGCAACGUUUCUUUGACGCACACAAAACUGAAGAAUGGUUCCGUCAUAAAUAUCACCCAGACGAAUCAGCGGCCAUUCGUGAUGCACACAUGGCUGAGAUCAAAAAGCGUCUAGACAUCUUCAAUGAGCUCAAGUCAAAAGGCUGUUUUGAUGAUGUUACGCUGGAUCUGACACACGCUCGAGAGAUUAUCCGAUUGAUGGACACUUUGGUUGUGAAACUCGAAGGUGGUUCUGAGGAAGAUGUUGAAGCUCUGAAAAAUGAAAAAAUCGAAGACGAUUCUCUGUUCGAUCUUGGUGAAAAGAAAUCGGACGAAGAUAAUGGAGUUGAUAAAGACGAGGCGAAAGGAUCGGAGAAUGAAGCGAAUGAAGAUGGGCAGCCAAAACGUAAGAAGACCUUGCUGCACAAGACAAGUUCGGUAUUUAUGAGAAAUGUGCCAGCCACGAUCAAAAUCGCUGACCUUGAAGCAAUUUGCAGCCGCAGUCCAGGAUUUUUGCGUGUGGCUCUCAGUGAACCGCAUGCCGAUCGCAAUUUUUCACGACGUGCUUGGGCCACCUAUAAGAGAGAUGUAAACAUCAAGGAAAUUUGCUGGACUUUCAAUCAGACAAAGCUCAACGACUCCACCGAUCUUAGCGUAAUCCUGAAUCGCGAUCUUACUCGACGCAUUCGCGGUAUCAGCGGUGUGUCAUGUCAUCAACAAGUAGCCCAGAAUGAUAUCAAAAUGGCAGCUAAGCUCGUCGCUCUUAUGGACAAGAAAGUUGGACUUUUCUGCGAAGAUGAGCCCAAGGAGGAACGUGAUAAAGAUAUAUUCACAGGGGUUGACCUCGUAACAACAUCGAAAAAUCCACUACUCAAACAGGUUCGACCAGUGCUUAGAGAAUGCGACGAGCCAAGUGCUGAGGAGGAAGAAAUGCUUGGUAUCUCUCGAGGUGCUGCAGCAGCGCCGGCUCCUCCUGCAGACGAAAAAGUUCCGUUUGUACGUGAUGAACAUCUGCUCCAUGCCUUGGAUUUGUUGAUUUUAUAUCUACGUAUGGUGCACUCGAUCGAUUUCUAUGGUCAUAUCGAGUAUCCCAAUGAAGAUGCUAUGCCCAACAGGUGUGGUAUGCUGCACGUUCGAGGUGUUCUUCCGACCCAGUUCGGAACAGCUGAAGAUGGCACAAAACUCGUGUCAACGAAAUUCAAUACGGAGUUCAUCAAUGGCUUCAAUCAACGUCUCGAGACAAGUUUGAUGCAAGUAUCUUAUGUAACUCCCGAUGAAUUGGAGAAGAUGGGCAAGAAAGAUGGUGAUAAGGAAGUGGAAGCUUUCAUACAAGCAAACACCGUCGAAUUAUCUCAAGAUAAAUGGCUUUGCCCAUUGUCUGGAAAGAAGUUCAAAGGACCUGAUUUUAUCCGCAAACAUCUUACUAGCAAACAUGAGGACAAACUCAAAGAAGUACGCGAAGAGGCCCUGUUUUACAAUAAUUAUUUGGCGGAUCCAGCCAGACCUCAAAACGUCGAGGUAAAAGCGGCACCACCACCGGUGAGAGAUGAUGAUCGCAGAGAUGACAGAUAUGCAAGAGACCGCGGCGACCGUGGUGAUCGUUCCGAUCGUGGCUACGCCAGCGCGGAUCGAAGCCGUCGUGGUUACGCAGGUUUCGGUAGCGGGGGCCCACCUCGCGAUCGUGGUCCACGUUUCACGCCCGAAUCGGCCAGACCGCUCACCUCAUAUAGAGACCUCGAUGCGUUCCCUAUUGAUUGAUUUUCUAUAUUUGUUUUGAAUAAUCGCUGGUUGAUGUCAUCUCAUUUUUAUCUUGUUCUCUAGUGAGUGAUGUUUAUCUUUUGUGUUUGUUGGAAGAUACCAUAAUGCGUAAGUUAUUCCCAGAAUUAUCUAUCGUAUGUUGUAAGCGUACGCUGUAGAAUGUUUCAACUGCUCGUUGAUUUCAAAAUUUGUCAUUUGCAUUUGUAGUGGUAACAUAGUAAGUUAAGAAGAAAAUUUAAGUUUUGUAUUCAUAUAAUUCAUUAAAAAACUACUUUUCAAGUUCGAACAUUAAUCCCAAAAUAUUCGAAAAUUUCUGUCUACGUCAAUCUUUUUCCCCCAUUUUAAGUGAAUCAUGGCAUUCACUGCUGACCUACUCUCAGUGAGAAGUGUUGUUAUGUUGACGUUUUUUCCUUUCUUUAUGUGUCUGUAAUGGUGAUACAUUUCUUUUUGCGUAAUUGGAUAAUUGGAUAAGUUUUGUGAGAUUAGUUUCUAGAGAAUAAAGAAAUCCAUCAGC